GUGGACAUCGACGCGUUCCUGAGUUGUAAAUAGCGUGGCUGUCUUCUUUCGAACUAGGUUAGUACUACCACCUACCAGGAUCCUAGGAGCUGCAAAUUCAGGAAUUUACCCCAGCUUGGCACGGGUAUCCCCAGAACAUUUGAAGGUUGCCGGGGACCUACUAUCGCGCCUUGGCAAAACAGACAAGUCAUCCAAAAUAGUUGUCUGAUACAUGUGAAACUUGAUUAUAAUCUUGACAUGGUAUAUAAACCCUUCGGGCGGACACCAUGCUACCAGUCCCACUUCCCUGACUCUGAGCCACGAUGCCCCAGCUAGAAGAACAGUCGGAUAAAUUUGAUGUCGAGGUCGCAGAAAAAUUCGACCCCGCCUCUUACUACGAGCAGGCUGCCGGUCGUUUGGUGAUUGAUCCUCAGUUGGCUAAGAUCGAGUUUGGCGAGGUACUGGCUUCGACGCUUAAAUUGAGCCCCGACGGCUCUACGAUUCUCUGGCCACAACCUGCCAACGAUCCGAAUGACCCACAGAAUUGGAGUGAUCGGCGUAAAGCACUGCACCUUCUUGUUAUUACUCUGGCAGCCAGCAUACCUGACUUUGAUUCGGGAAUUGGGAUUGCUUCAAUCUUUGGAUUGGCACAGACAUAUCACACAACAACAGGUGUUAUCAAUAACCUCACGUCCAAUUGGAGCAUUUUCCUGCUAGGGUGGGGUGGGAUCUUUUGGGUCAUGCUCAUGCGACGUUACGGUCGCCUUCCUGUGCUAUUUUGGACACAGAUUUUUGCCCUUGCCUUCCUCGUUGGCGCUACAUUUUCACCGGACCUGGCAACCUUCACAGCAAUGCGCUGUUUGACAGCAUUUUUUGGGACAUGUCCUCAGGUCACGGGCUUGUAUGUUAUCACUGACAUAUUCCCAUUCCAUCUACAAGCUCGAAAAUUGAAUAUUUGGACCUUUGGAUUCAUCAUGCAUUACAGAUCCCCAUUCUUAUCGCCAUUUGUUUUUGGCUUUCUUGUAGCACGUGCGAGCUGGCGAUGGACCUAUGGGAUUGGAUCGCUCUACAGCGCCGUCGUUGUACUCCUAAUCGGUCUGUUUAUGGAAGAGACGAUGUAUGACCGCCAUCUGGAUCCCAACCCACAACGAAUAUUGCCAGGCAUACAAUUUCGACUCGAGACUCUGAUUGGUAUCACGGGGUACAAGAUGGCCAAGUAUCGAUCACGCUGGUCAGAGGUUGUAUGGGCAUGUUUGAACGUUGUAUGGAGACCUCAGUUUAUCUUGGUUGUAUGUUUUGAAGCCUUUGUUUUUGGAUUCGGAGUUGGCAUCAAUGUGACGAAUGUCGUUUUUAUGGGCUCCCCUCCUCCAGUCGGUUUUGGAUUCAGCCAAUUUGUGGUUGCUGGUGCCUAUGCGACUCCGAUCCUAGCAGUGAUUCUAGGAGAGUUGGGCGGGCGAUUUCUCAAUGAACGAAUUAUGAACUUCACUAUCCGGAAGAAUAAAGGUAUGUUUGAGGCCGAGAGUCGAUUAUGGGCAUGUUAUGUAGCAAUGCCACUAUUCAUCUGCGGCUUCUUGACACUGGGAGCUGGUAUUCAGCAUUUGAAUAAAGCUGCAUUUAUCAUAGGGUGGGGGAUAGCGGAAAUAGCGGUCAUGGUGAAUACAGUCGCCGGAGAAAUUAGUGCUCUGCUCAACCUGGCGCGCGUGCUCGGUGGCUUCAGCGUAGCAUACUUCCAAGUCCCAUGGGCGACAAAAUCUGGUGGAAUUCAGACAUUUGGUGUUGAAGCAGCGAUUGUCAUAGGAUUGUUUUUAAUUGCUGUGCCAACGGUGCAACUGAGAGGGAGAUAUUUCCGAGUACGCGACAAUAUCAUUAUUAUCUGA